CAUUGUGACCAGACAAGAUACCGGGAUCCUUAAGCAGCACAAGAAUACCUUUACUAGCUAACCUUUAGCCACUAUCGAUGCUAUAAGGUUGUCAUCUGCUUUGGGGAUUUAAUCAUGACUAAACUAGGAAACUGGGACUUUGGACAACAGUUAUCCAUCUCAUGUUUAGAAAGUGAACCUGAUAACUCUACAUUAAACAGAUUCUUUAAAACCAAGAUUGAGGUUACUGUAACAUAAAUGCAAGCGUUUUCUGUGUGUCAUUUUGUUAUUAUUAUUAAAACCAUCUUAGAAUUAGACAAACACAAGCGACACAAAGCAUGAACUUGUCAAACCUCAACUUUAGCAUUCUACGCCGCUUACACUCUCUAAGAUAGCGACUUGCUAUUUUUGGAAAUAUUUAUAUAACAAAAACAAAUUUGCUCUUACGUUUCCCCCCAUAGACGGUUAAAAUCUCGUCCCCUUGUCACAAAGCCAGUAUCUCGUGAGCCGAACGCAUCGUCCUCCCCCAUGCAUGAAGCGGUUUGCAGAGCUCCUUCAGUGACAGACCGCUGCAUCGUAAAUGCAUAUAGGAGCUCUAUCACAGAUUCUUCCUCCCGGCUGCGCCUGGACUUUAUAACCAUCGCUGUUAUUUGCCAUUUUUUCUUUCAUUUGUUGCAAAUGAUCUUCUGGUUUUUUAAUGCACAAACACUUCUGGGUAUUCUGUACCUUCUUCUUAAAGUUACCCUAGUUGCACACUUCCUUCAGUCUGAGUAGGCUGCUUUUAAUAAUUAUAUAUUUUUUCCUGUGGUGUCAAGUUGUCCCUCACUUUAUUGUCUCGUUUUUUAUUUUUAUUGUUUUUAUCCAUGAGUCCACUGCGGGACAAGAAAGGUAAUUUGCAUUCUGUUUUGUCCUAUUUGUAAUUAUCAAGGCGUCUGCUGAUUAAAUACAGUAAAGGCUUGCCAUACAGUGCUCCCCCAGCAGGACGGGGUGGGUGUUGUAAAGCGCCGUCCAACACGUGAGGCUCGGCAGGGGCGGGGGCGGGGGAAUGCUGGGAGGGUGAGGAGUCUGAAAGCGCCGUCCAACACGUGAGGCUCAUGUGACGGAGGAGAGUCGGUUUCUCUGGCUGAGAGAGAAGGAGAGAGAGAGAGAGAGAGAGAGACGUGCCUGCAGUCACAGGGUUUAUUUAGCACGUAGUCCGUGACAAACCCACCCAGCUCUCACACAUCGCCGGGGCGUGGACCUUCCCUCUGCAUACUAACGAGCCCAGACCUCAGGGUGACAGCAUUCUAAACUGCGAUCAGCUUCAACCUAACAGCGGGAACUCACCGGAGGAAUCGUGUUACUUCUUAUUUUGAAUUUUUAUUUUUAUUUUUUUUGCUAUUCUUGAUUUUUUUUUUGUCUUCUUCUUCUUUUGUUUGUUUUGUUUUGUUGGAGCGUGCUUUUCAGUUUUUUCAGUUUUUUUCUCUCCCCCUUCCGUCAAUAAAGCGACAUGGAGCGGAUUACAAGUGCGCAACCACCUCCUUAUGUUCCGAAACACGCAUCAAUGGAUAUACCUGACAUGCAUCGACUGGAAUUUCCUAUUUUCAUGUGCAAAAGCAGGAGGGGUGUGAAGGGCAGGGAUGAAUGCAAGGAGACUUACAAGCUGCCCCACAGACUGAUUGAAAAGAAAAGACGCGACAGAAUAAAUGAAUGCAUCGCUCAGCUGAAGGACUUGUUGCCAGAACAUCUUAAGCUUACAACGCUGGGUCAUCUGGAGAAAGCCGUGGUGCUGGAACUCACGCUGAAGCACGUGAAAACCCUGAGCGCCGUGCUGGAGCAGCAGCAGCAGAAAAUAGUGGCGCUCCAGAAGGACUUGCAGAUCGGCGACCAUGUGGGAGACGGUGCCGAGAGCAGCGAGGAGAUGUUCCGCUCUGGCUUUCAUCUGUGCGCCAGAGAAGUCCUCCACUUCCUGGCCAAUCAGGAGACCAGCAGGGACCUGACCCCCUCGCACGUCAUCAGUCACAUCCAGAAGGUGGCGGCUGAAGUCCUGCACCAGGGAAGCGGCCCGCGGCCCGACGAGCCGGACAGGGCGGAGGAGCCCGCCGGACGGCCUUCGGCGUCGCCCGAGGCCCCCGCUAAGAACUGCGUCCCGGUCAUUCAGAGGACUUACCACCACGGGACAGGGGAGCAGAGCGGCAGCGACACAGACACUGACAGCGGCUACGGCGGAGAGCAUGACAAGCCGAAGGCCCAGUGGUCAGAGAGCCAUGGGAGGGAGGGCGAGAUGAAGGCCCCUUCAUCAGAGCGGACGGUGGGUGUGGUCAAACAGGAAGACGACGAGCCCCGGGCCAAGAGGUUAAGAGCAGACUCGGAGGAUGAGAUGCUCUCUUUCCACGCCCCAGGAGGUCCUGGCGGUUACAUGAACAUCUCCCCCAACUUCUUCCCCUUCUACCUCAUCCCCCCGUCGGCGGCGGCAGCGGCGUACCUCCCCAUGCUGGAGAAAUGCUGGUACCCUGGGGGCAUGCCCAUCAUGUACCCGGGUCUGGCCGGCUCCGCUGCAGGCCUGCCCCAGGAGACGCUGCCCUCGCCUCUGUUGAUGUCCCCACGGGUGCCGUCUCCGGCAGCCCACCGCAUCCCCAUGGACUCCCCCGCUCAGCACAAAGCUUUAAGGCAGGUCUCUCCUUUGAACUUGGAAACCAAAGACUGAGCAGCCGGUUCUCCCGUCUGCACCUCUCGCCCCACUGAAUGUUGAACAGAGGCUACAGUGUUGGCCCUCCGACACGCAGCUGCAAGUCGGCCCAUCAGAGCGGAACCCGUCGUGGUCGUCACUGUCGGGCAUCGGGCCUCGGACUGCUUUCGAGGCCUCUGCCCGAGAAUUUGUACAACCCUUUUAAACACUGUGAAGAUGGUCAGGUUAAAGAGCACACAAGAGAUUCUGAAGGUUCUUGUCUUGUUAUUGGCCUGCAGAAACGUCGUUUAAUGUCGCCCCAGAAUGUAACCCUCCCCAUCUCGGACAUAUCUUGUUGCACACCACUCUGUGUUGAAUGUAAAGAUGUAAAAGGAAGAAAACUCCUGUGCAUGCUGCUGUAGAUGGGCGAAUGUCAGGACGGCCCUCCCAGGGACAGCAACAAGCCAUUUGUAACGAUAAACCAGCACGUCCGGGUUGACGUCCCCCCCCCACCCUAACCCUCCUCUCCCCGUCUUCGUUUGUGGCGCCGCUGAAAAACGCGCGCAGGAAUUUGUAAAGCUCAGAGAAUUCAGGGUGUAGGCUGCCGUACCAGGUGCGUCAUUUAUCUCUGUCGAAGCGUGCUUUUAAGACCUAAUCUCUGACUCACAGCUGUGUUUUUUUUUUUUAUUAUUAUUUUUGUACACGUCCAGAUGGAGCGCCUGUGAAGUAACUUUUUGGUUUAGCCUUGUACAUCUCUAUAUUUGAUACGUGACCCGUCGGGCGUUUUUUUUUUUUUUUGUUUGUUUUUUUUGUUUGUGUACCUGCCGCAGGAAGGAUGAGGCAGCAGUUUGUGAGCUCGUGGUGCAGACGCACAUCUGAAGCUCGGUGCUUAGGUCCCGCUCUCGCCUCCUUCGCUCGUUGAACCCAAACUCCACCGCCGCGACAGGAGGCGCAAACAAAUUCGACGGCCGUCUUCAGCAAAAGAGCUCGAAUGUAAAGUUCGAAGACAU